GUCAGUGCGAGCCGCGAGCGGAAUGCAGCGGCCGGAGGCCUGGCCACGUCCGCACCCGGGGGAGGGGGCCUCGGCCGCCCAAGCCGGGGGCGCAGCGCCACCCGCCCGAGCCACGGAAAUGCGGUUUCAGGAACCUUCUCUCUACACCAUCAAGGCUGUCUUCAUCCUAGAUAAUGACGGGCAAAGGCUGCUGGCCAAGUAUUAUGAUGAUACAUUUCCCUCCACGAAGGAGCAGAUGGUUUUCGAGAAAAAUGUCUUCAACAAGACCAGCCGCGCUGAAAGUGAGAUCGCAUUUUUGGGGGGCAUGACCAUCGUCUACAAGAGCAGCAUCGACCUCCUCCUGUAUGUGGUGGGCUCUUCCUCUGAGAACGAGCUGAUGCUCAUGUCUGUUCUGGCCUGCCUGUUUGACUCUCUGAGCCACAUCUUAAGGAAGAACGUGGAGAGACGCUGGUUGUUGGAGAACAUGGAUGGAGCCUUCUUGGUGCUGGAUGAAAUUGUAGAUGGCGGUGUGAUUCUGGAGAGUGACCCCCAGCAAGUGAUCCAGAAAGUGAAUUUUAGGACUGAUGACGUUGGCCUGACAGAACAGAGUGUGGCCCAGGUUCUUCAGUCAGCCAAGGAACAAAUUAAGUGGUCGUUACUGAAAUGAAGACCUUGGAGUCGAGGCUCCCUCUCCAGAGAGCAUUUUUUCCCAGUCCCUGCAAAAGCCCCGAGCCUCAGGGGGCAGGAGAGAUCCCUCUGCCUUCUCAGGCCUCUUCCGGAACUGAUCCAGGAGGUCUCCUGCCAGGAAUUCCGAGAAGCAGAAGUUUGGUCCCAGCUCCGUUAACCCUGCUCAGUACCCUGGCCUGCCCCUGGGGCCAUGGGAACCAGCAAAGCUUCUUUCCCUCGGACCUCGGCCAUUCUCAGCCCUAGGCCUUAAUAAACUUGCAUUUCUUGCCAAAGA